ACCGGUAUACUGCACACGCACGGAGAGAGCUGAGGAGCCCGAGAUGUUGCUCGUCAGUUUCACGCCAGCUCUUAUACUGCAAGCCACUUUAUUCACGGUCCUGCAAGGUGCUCAGUGGACUUACAAUGGACAAGAGGGAGAGCACCACUGGUCAAAGCAUUUUCCUUACUGUGGUGGGACUUUCCAGUCUCCGAUUGACAUCACCUCGAGGCUACUAAGGUUUGAUCCAACUUUACGUCCAAUUGAGGUUCAGAACUACAAUCUUUCACCCAAUGAACAGCUUACUCUGGGAAAUAAUGGACAUUCUGUGCAGGUGUCUCUGCCUUCUAAGAUGCGCGUCUCCAUCCUGCGGAAUCUUUACACAGCUGUUCAGCUUCAUUUCCACUGGGGCACAUCCAGCAAACCUGCAGGCUCUGAACACACAGUGAACAGCAAACAGUACGCAGCAGAGAUGCAUGUAGUGCACUUUAACUCAAACAAGUACUCCAAUAUUUCCAUGGCAGUAGACAAGUCCGAUGGCCUGGCUGUGUUGGGUGUUCUGAUUGAGGUUGGUGAGUUCAAUCCGACCUUUCAGCAGCUUCUAAAAUACAUCAACGUCAUCAAAUACAAAGGUCAGAAAACACAGAUUCCCGGCUUCAACAUCAGAGGACUGCUGCCUCCUCAACUGGAUGAGUAUUACCGUUAUGACGGGUCACUGACAACUCCUCCAUGCUAUCCCAGUGUACUUUGGACAGUGUUCAAGAAUUCUAUAACAAUUUCUCGGGAACAGUUUCUGGCCCUAGCAACAGCCACCUACUCCUCACAUGUGCAGGACUCAGCCCCUGAGCCUCUGAAUGGCAACUUCCGGAAAACACAGGUGGCUGAAAACCGAAUUGUCCUUGUGUCUUUUAAGGAGGGCAGAGGACUGCAUGGUACUCUUACAGUCACAUCUCCACUCACGAGGAAGCAAAUCAUCCAGCAGCUGCUGGUCAGUGACCUAGCAGACCUGGCUGAUGAAGGGCUCUAUCAUCUCAUCCCAACUGGCUCAAAAAUGCUCCGUUCUGGCAAGAAGAAUAACCUCAAGAGCCAUAAUCCAUCCCUGCGGUGGAAAGGCUACAGAAACCAUUUUGUGGGAAAGCUGGGACUGACUGGAGAAGCACUGUGCUACGUCGCUAUACAGCAUAAUGUUUUCCAGCAGCUCAAACACACGCACACUGAGAAUCGCAUUGGUCAGGUUCUCAGAGACAUGGUAUUCCCAGAGCUCAACCUGAAGAGCUACCUGGACUGUAAGUCAGAUUUAGCUCCGGCCACCAUCAGACAAAUUCUCCAUAAACGGCCAACAGAUGAAGCCUUGGAAUUAGGUCACUCUCUCACCAGAGUCCUGAUGAAGCAGAGGAAGACUUCCACAGCAGGGAAGCAAAAUGUGCCACUGACAAACGUUGGCAGCCUGACGUCUGCAGCCAUUUCCAAGAUGUCACAUCACCAUUGUCAUCGCCACUCAUGGCUCCUGCCAAUGGAGUGGGAAGACUAGAGAGUUCAUGAAAUAGACAAGACAAAAAUUAUUUCACUUCCUAGCAGACACCCAUUAUAUCUCACAAUUAAACAUUUAAGUUUCAACAUACAGCUGUGUUUCCCUCAGCAAAUUGCCAUCUUGUGAUGAUUUCUCUUGCAAAUGUAUUUAAGAUUAAAUUAUUCUUUUGAGUUGGUGCACAUAUUAAUUUAACGCAGAAAAUUAUUGUAAUUUCCCAUAUUUUAUUGCCGCUUUUGCAAAUAUAAUUUACAGCACAUCUGGAAAGUAUUUACAACGCUUCACUUUUUCCACAUUUUGUUAUGUUACAGCCUUUUUCCAAAAUGGAGUAAAUUAAUUUUUCCCCUUAAAGUUCUACUCACAACACUCCAUAAUGACAACA